UCUGAGGGGGGAUUUAAAGACAUUAUUUGGUUAAAGACACAUACUCGGGGUUCAGAGCAGCAGACAUCCAGCAGCUUGAGGCGGAGAACAUGGAGAAGAGUGGGAGCACCGACAGUCUGGGCUCGAAGCGCUCCUCGUCCCGACAGCCAAGUGUUGAUUCAUUGUCCAGCACUUCCACCUCUCGCUCUGACCGGUCUGCUCAGGCCAAGCCACCGUCUGCCAUGUCCUCUGACUCUGUGUCCACUUCCGAGUUUUCUCCAGAGCUCCGGGUCAAGCCCAAAAUACCCACCAAGGUGCUCAGAGAGUCAGACAAGGAGGAACCACAGUUACUUCCAAAUGAAACUGUGCAGGAUAUGGCCCAAGAUGUCACCUACUUCUGUCCUUUCAUUGGAGCCCUAAGGGGAACAGUGAUAAUUACCAACUACAGACUUUUCUUCAAAUGCAUGGACAGGGAGCCAGCAUUUGUGCUGGACCUGCCCCUCGGGGUGGUGAGUCGUGUGGAAAAGAUUGGAAAUGCAUCAAGCCGUGGUGAUGUGUCCUAUGGGCUCGUUUGCAAGGAUAUGCGUAAUCUACGAUUUGCACACAAGCAGAUGGAGGACACACUCAGGAAGUCCAUUUUUGAAGUGCUGAUGAAAUUUGCGUUUCCUGUUUCCAACGGGCUGCAAAUCUUUGCCUUUGAGUACGGGCAAGUGUUUCCUGAAAAUGGAUGGAAGGUGUAUGACAGUGUCUCUGAAUAUAAAAGACAGGGAAUACCCAAUGAAAGCUGGAGGAUCACAAAAGUUAAUGAUCACUACGAGCUGUGCGACACCUACCCGUCUACUCUGGCAGCGCCUGUCAACAUCCCAGACGAAGAGCUGAAGAGAGUAGCUGCCUUCCGGGCGAAAGGGAGGAUACCUGUGCUGUCAUGGAUCCACCCAGAGAGCCAAGCGACAGUGACACGCUGCAGUCAGCCUAUGGUUGGGGUGAACGGGAAGCGGAGCAAAGAGGAUGAGAAAUACCUCCAGGCUAUCAUGGAUGCCAAUGCUCAGUCCCAUAAACUCUUUAUUUUUGAUGCCAGGCCUAGUGUCAACGCUGCUGCCAACAAGAUGAAAGGGGGUGGAUAUGAAAGUGAGGAUGCUUAUCAAAAUGCUGAGCUGGUGUUCUUGGAUAUUCACAAUAUCCAUGUGAUGAGAGAGUCACUCCGCAAACUGAAGGAUGUGGUCUACCCCAACAUUGCGGACUCCCACUGGCUCUCCAAUCUGGAGUCCACUCAUUGGCUUGAGCACAUCAAACUGAUCCUGGCGGGAGCCCUGCGGAUUGCAGAUAAGGUCGAGUCUGGGAAGACGUCAGUGGUGGUGCACUGCAGCGAUGGUUGGGACCGCACGGGCCAGCUCACCUCCUUGGCGAUGCUCAUGCUGGACAGUUACUACCGCACCAUUCGCGGCUUCGAGGUGCUGCUCGAGAAAGAGUGGCUGAGCUUCGGUCAUCGCUUCCAGCUGCGUAUCGGCCAUGGCGAUAAGAACCACACAGAUGCAGAUCGCUCACCUGUUUUUAUUCAGUUCAUUGACUGCGUCUGGCAGUUGACUCGUCAGUUUCCCGCAGCUUUUGAGUUUAAUGAAUACUUCCUGGUGACCAUCCUGGACCACCUGUACAGCUGCCUGUUCGGGACGUUCUUGUGUAACUGCGAACAGCAGAGGUUGAAGGAAGAGAUUCCAAAGAGGACGGUAUCAUUGUGGUCUUACAUUAACAGCCAGCUGGAGGAGUUUACCAAUCCUUUAUACGUCAACUACUCCAACCAUGUGCUGUUCCCUGUAGUCAGCUUACGCCACCUGGAGCUUUGGGUUGGCUACUACAUUCGCUGGAACCCUCGCAUGAGACCUCAGGAACCUGUUCACCAACGCUACAAGGAGCUGCUGGUGAAGCGUGCAGAGCUGCAGAAGCGAGUGGACGAGUUACAGCGAGAGGUGACCAAUCGCUCAGCUUCGUCUUCCUCUGAACGGGCAGGUUCCCCAACACGCUCCAUCACACCAGUGCAGACCUUUGUUUGACACUACUUGAUCCUCAUGACGGUCGCAGAAGCUGAAUCCUACGUAUGAGAAGGCACUAUACAGUCAUAAUCAGUAGGACACAACCGGCACCAGGAAGGUUCUGGGUGUCGAACUGCCUCUUUUGGUGGCACAUCAUAUUAGUAAACCACUACCAAAUGUCUGAUAAAGCAGAUUACUGUAAUGUAUCUAUCACAGGUCAUGUAGAGUCUGCUUCCAACAGAAGAGUGUCUUUCUCACACUACUUGACUACAGCCAUAUUGUACUCUUUCUCCAGGGUUGAGUGGACACUUAACCAGAAUAGCGAGUACUUUUUAGCAUAUCAACCUACCUUCAAUCAGUGAUGAUAGCUUUUGAUGUACACUAAAAUAUUACUCGGGUAAAAUAUUUAUGCCUUAUACCCUUCAUAGAAACACUCACUUCAUUCCUCCAUUUUGCAAUAGUUUGUUCGGUCUUUGAUUUGAGGGAAGUGCUGCUGAAGCAGUUUUAAGAUGUCCUGUUGCAAAGAUAUUUUGAGCUCUAAAACCUACUAAAUGCCUCAUGAGUUGUUUUUGUUUGUUCAAAAAUGUAGCUAAAGGGCUGGAGUGUUAGCUUCUUCUAAUAGCAAAGAAAAAAGUAGUCAAUGAGUGCAUAAAAAGCGAGUGGUUGUCCUCACAAGUCAGUGCUUUUAGAUUAAUGUGACCAAAUAUCAUUGUUUUUUUAUGACUACAUAAUGUGUCAUGUAUGACAUUCCUAUCAUUGAGUGAUAUGAGUUUUUGUAAGGUUCAUUUUUCUUACUAGUUAACAUUAUUUAUUAUCCUUUAGUGCAGACUUGUACUUAUGACACUCAAACAUGCUCUGUCUCAAUCAUAAACUGAUUAGAGAUGUGCCCAUGCAAUAUUAAUAAGUUGCACAGAAUAUGCAAUAGUUCCUUUGUCCCACUUAACAGUAAUUUACUCAAAAUGUCAACGUGUGAAGAUUUUUUGCACAUGCUAUUUUAAAGCUAGUAGCAGCCAAUAUUGUUUUUAUAGUAAGCAGAGUGUGUAACACAACUAAUUAUUAGCUUUGGAUAGUUUUUUCAGUUUAAUGAACCUGAAUGAACAUCUGUGCCUUGUUCUGGAUGAUGAAGAGAAUAAUAAAAGAGAAGUGUGCACAGUUCGCAAUCGCCAACUGUGAAUACAGUGUUCAUUAGUAUUUCCACUGCGCAUGUGAAUACUUGCAAUAAACCUAGGACUCGACUUGAAGUAGUCAGUGUGUUACAUUAGCUUUGGUGUGAAUACAAGACCCUAAGGUCCAUUUUUUUUGUGUUAAGAUGUUAAGUGUUUCACAUGAUAGCAGAACUGCAAAGACAGCAUUAAUAAUUGUCUCUGGCUGUGAUUAUGAGCUUGCCAUAACAAAUAAGAGAGUGCCUUUUAUUAUCAAUGAAGAAAUAUAAAAGUGAUUUAAAAGUCUGAAAUUUACAGUACGACUCUGCUGGAGAUAAAUAUUAAACUCCAAUGCUCUGAAAAUAUUAGCAUGGCCUUAUUAAGUCUCUUUCAUUCUCAUACUUAUAUGUUAGAUGACUCAUCUUUAAGGCAUCCUUUACCCAUUAUCAUACUUGCUUCCACAAGUUAAAUGUGACUUUCACUUGAUGGUAUCGCCACUGAAUUUAAGCACUCUUAGGUAACCUUUAAAAUGUACAAUCUUACCAUUUUUCCACAAGGUAACAGUGAGGCUACAAAGUUCUUUUUCUCUUCAUUACUUUAAAUUGUUUUGAAAUUAGUGUACUUCAGUUGUCAGACUGUA